UCCGCUCGGCGCUCUGCUGUCGUUCCUGCUCACUGUUUGAUUGCUCUAGUCUGCGCUCCAGUGUGUUGUUAGCCGUUAGCUACUGCUGCUGUUCGAGUGCGCACGGUUUUAUUUUGUCACCGGACUACCACUAUAAGUAUUUAUCGACCACCCCACUGGAUAAAUAGACACCGAGCCCGGGACAAAGGAUGUCCACUGCGUUGGAGAGCUACAUUAACCGUACCGUGGCCAUUGUCACCUCGGACGGCAGGAUGAUUGUGGGCACUCUGAAGGGCUUUGAUCAGACCAUCAACCUGAUCCUGGAUGAGAGUCAUGAGCGAGUGUUCAGCUCCAGUCAGGGGGUCGAGCAGGUGGUGCUGGGACUCUACAUUGUCCGAGGCGACAAUGUAGCGGUGAUCGGGGAGAUCGAUGAGGAGACGGACUCCACUCUGGAUUUAGGAAACAUCAGAGCUGAGCCGCUCAACUCUGUCGUUCACUGACCUUUGACCCCUGAUGAUAGCGUAACUGUUGUGUGAAUAAAGUUUAUGGGAGUCUGUUUUAGGAGCAGGUGUGCUAAUUAUCCGGGAUGAGCCGGAGCGUCCUGAUAACUUGCUCGCCUGCUUCCUGUCUCUGACUCCUGGCUCUUGUUUUCUGUUUGUACUUUUUAUAAAUAAAGAAGUGAGAUGAUGAAAAUGUUAGAGGAACUUUUUUAUGCUCCUAAGUCUUUUUGUCAAUGUGAGACUGUUAAUAAAUAAAGUUUAAUUUGUUGUGUUCUGAAAAA